GGUUGUGUUUGACAACAGCCUCAGAAAUUAACAAAUCUAAAUACAACGCCUCAAUGAUCGGUUUAGUCCGCGUCUAGAGGACCGACAGGUUGGCCUGGUCGAAGUCGCAAAUAUUGACUGUCCCACGGCCUCAUGUCCACCAGCGAAUUGUCGCAGGCUCUGAAUCCUUUCUUUGCGCAAUCCAGGCCUAAAUCUUCAAACACUCAAAAUCAGUCCGUUCAGCCCAGCCAAGCACAUGAGCCACAUCACACUGAGCUCGAGCCUGCCAUCUCGGAGCCCCAGAGGCCCCCUGCGGCAUCAACAACGCGUCUUCAGAACUUGGCCGUUCGUCCUGGCAACGCAACCUCCAGUGGGACUCACCCAUUCCAGAUAGUGAUGAAUUACUUAAAUUCAGCGCGUGAGUCACAAGAAAUAGAACAAAAACGGAGACUCGCAUGGGAACAAGAACAAGAGGCCAAGUACACACUACGGCAGGCAGAAAUGGAGCGUCGAAUGCUCGAGAUGCAACAAGAGCUCGGUGCGCUCAAAGCGAAGAUCGCCUUUGGAACUCCGAAAGCUCCGGCAACUUCACCUUCAGUGCAGACGCCUUCUGCGACGGACCAACAGUCCACGCCAAUGACCUCGCCCGUGUUGUCCCAUUCUUCCACAAUCGCAGGGCACCAUGCAUCGCCCGAUCUAGGACAUGCCACAUCACCUUCUGUUUUGCCUCACACGUCAGCUUCGUCUGAUGUAGACCCAGCUGCUGCUUCUCCUUCUGUUGGACACACCACAAACUCGGCCCACGCUUCCCCCCUUCUCCCUAGGCCAGCGCGGUUUAUCAACGUUGAUCCCUCAUCCUCCCGGCGCAGCAGCUCAUCUAAUCCACGCAAGAGACCGACGCUUGAUAACACAAGUGGUGAAGAUGAUAGUGACGGUUCCGAGUAUUCAUUAGUAGAACGACCGAUAAAACGAAAGAAUCAUCACGACACUCGUUGUCUUACCAUACAGCAUGCUAUGCGCAGCCAUCUGUUGCACGUCAUGCAGAUUGAGGACGACAAGCACCUUCCUGAUAUUCACACCGAAGGUAUUUUGCUGGGUCCCAACGAUCCUGUCCGUUUCGUCUGGGACAAGACACCUAAACAAUCUGUCCACAAUGGACGCAUGAAAGAGCGCGUGCUACAGGACAUCAGAGCCCAUCGCCACCUGUAUAAACACGUUCCCGAUAAGGAUUUCAACAAAAGAUCUCUGGAAUCCGUUUUCGACCAGGCAUUCGUUACACUCAGACAGAAGUUCAGGGCUCAACGGGACGCCUCCAUCGCUAUAAACCAAAAACAGCGAGAAGAUGUCAAAGCAAUGCGAUCCAGAAGAUUAAGCCGUAAGAAGACGAAACUAAGCAAUCGUUCAGACGCUCGAAAUAAAAUUGAAGUCUUUGAGCAUGCCAUAUUUGACGGGGCUUUACAAGUGGAAUGUAUGUCUUCCGAGGAAUCUGAAACUGAAGAGGAUCCGGUCGUCGGUUCCCGUAUGACUUCGCUACGUGUUCGGGGGUUCCCUUGGCGUAGCACCCGGUUACUGCGCUUUUUCGACAUACUGGACGAUCAUGACAAAGCGGAUAGCUCACAAAAGCCGCGGAGAGGCGUCGGAAGGAAAGAACGAUUUCAUGGUUCACCGAAAGAAGGCCUCAUUCUCCCGCCUAAAGGCGUAGCCACAUGGAUGAUCAGCAAACGCUGGAUAAGUGCGAUGCAGGCGUCUCACUUGGAGGUAUUGGGUAGUUUGAAGGAUGUUGUUUUGGAUCCGGUUGGCUUUGAUUGGAGCCAGUUUCAUGCCCUUGGUGAGGAGAGUGAGGACGAAGAGAGACUCGAUAGGGACCGACACCAUGACAUGAUGAUUGCGCAUAAUGGUUUACACUUUACUCAUCCCGGUGAUGGCACGGCUAUCAGUGCUAUUUCUUCUUUAUAUAAUGCUUUGGUACAUACCCAAUAGGUUCGAAUGUGAAGGCAAUAACUUACAUCUCGUGUACGGAAACUAAUAUAUGUACAGUGGAACGUCGAAAUGUUUGAUUAUACUAUCCGGGGGUUAUCAG